GACCUUCGACCUUAAGACAAGAAGAGAGAAACGCUCGUUGCCGAAUCUAUAAUUCAUCUCUGCAGCUCGUCGAUCACACUCGUACGAGAACCUGAAUCCCAAAGUAUCAACCAUGUCCCGGCGAUUCCUGCCACCGAUUGUCCCACUGGUCCUACUACUGCUUGCAUCGACCUCCCCACCCGCCACCGCCGCAGCCGAGGCGAUCCUGCAGUUGCAGGUCGCGGAGGCGCCGUCCGCUGCUGGCUGCAGCCGGAGCGCGGCGGCGGCGGCGCAGGUGGUGGUGGAGAGCUGCACGGAGGACAUCGUCAGGUCCUUCUUCGGCGUCCGCGGCAGCGACGUCUGCUGCCGCGCGCUGGAGGGGGUAGGCGCUGGGUGCUACCGCGCGGUCUUCUCCGGCUCACCGUUCGUGGAUAUCUACGCCACCAUCCUCGGUAACGUCUGCGGCCUCGCCGCUGCUCCAGCUCCUAGCCCCGGCGCAAUGCGCAUGACAGAAUGAUCGUGCUAGGACCAUAUGCAGGCUUGCUCGUGUACUAGGAUCGACAAUUCGACGUAGUAUUAAAAGAUCCUAGCAAUGGAUGUGUAUCAUGGGAAGUUAAAUUAACGUUCGUCACCUGAGUGUUUUCUUUGUAAAUGAAGAUAGCGUCAACGCAGAGAUUCUACAAUGGUGUGGAUGUCCCGGUCUUAUCCGAUGGCCAAUAACGUGCUAAGAUUCGUGCAAGAAUAUUUUACACAAACAACCUGUGCGUGGUACACCUUCCCACCUCUAUGGAAAACAAAGUGGACAUGUACACUUCCUCCCGUCCCAGCUUGCCAGCUCUGUAUCCGUUCCCAGAUCCCCAACCCUUCCCCGACCUCUCUCUCCUAGGCUCCUCCGUCCUCCCGCCCUCUGACGGAUUAGUCUCCCCAAGCACCAUGAACCGCGGUGAGGAAAAAUCCUCGAAGACUGGCGCCACCUCCUGCUCCCGAUGGUCGUGCUGCAGUGUGAGCCAUCUCUGCCAUCCCUGAUUUGGAAGGCCGCCAUCGUUGGUGGAAGCCCCGACCAUCUGGAACUCCUCGAGGAAGUGCCAGGCCGAAGGAGACCUUGAUAUUUUCCAUGGAGAUUGGAUCAAGGCAUGGAAAUUGUGUCGGCAUGGAAAUUGUGUCGAUAUUUUAUAGCUUAGAUCCGUAGCAUUUGUUUCCUUUUUUGCUUCUUCUUAUUUCUGGGAAUGGAUAUGAUGGAUACUCGUGUUUGUUCCAUGAUUGUUCCUUCUUCCUAAUCUUAAUUGAAGAUCUGAUUCUCCGUUGA